AUGGCAAUCGAAAAAGAUGUCGAAGAAUUGUUAAUCAUGGGAGAUUCGAAUUUGAUUAUCCGACAAGAUCAGGGUGGAUGGGAAACCAGGGAUGUCAAGCUUAUUCCAUACAGGCAACAUGUGGAGGAUCUUAGUAAACGGUUCAAGUCAGUCGAGUUCAUGUAUAUUCCUCGUUUUCACAAUGAUUUGGCCGAUGCACUCCCUACUUUGGCCUCGAUGUUGCCUUAUCCAGGCAAUCUCCACAUUGACCCGUUGGAAAUCCAAAUCCGUGAAAGGCGUGGUUACUGCAAUACGGCUGAGGUAGAACCGGAUGUUCAGCCAUGCGAGGUCUUGUACAAAAGGAAUCCAGAUCUCAACUUGUUAAGAUGUGUUGACGCUGAAGAGGCUGGAAGAAUCAU